AUGUCUCUCCCAACUGUCUACGUCGUCGCCGCUACAGGCAUCCAAGGCUCAGCAGUAUGUCGCCACCUCCGCCAAUCAAACUGGUCUGUCCGCGCUACAGUGCGAAACACCGAAUCCCCCCAAGCGCAAGCCCUCGCUAAAAUCGGUGUCGUCUUGAACCCUGGCGACUGGGAUGACGAAGAGGCCCUCACUGCCGGCUUGACCAGCUGCAACAAGCUGUUCCUCGCUCUUGGGCCCAAUUACAGCAAUCUCGAUGAUGAGCGUGUUUGGGCUCAGAGAAUCAUCGCACUGGCUAAAAAGGCGGGCGUUGAAGAUAUUGUGUACUCGAGCUCGAUUAGCGCUGAUGCUCCUGAGAGGCGCACUCUUCUUCCUCCAGGUCACCUACUCUUCAAGAGCCUCUUUGUCAAGAAUGUGAUUGAAGGGCUCGUUCAACGUGCUGGAUUCAGGCACUGGACCAUUAUCCGCCCAGGCUUCUUCAUGUCCAAUCUCCUCGCCCCAAAAGCUCGCAUCUACAGCGACUUAUUCGAGCAUAACACCUGGUUAACCGCCCUAAAGCACGACACCAAGCUCAACCUCGUCGAUCCACAAGAUAUCGCUAAGUUCACCUUUUCCGCCCUUAACGACCCUGGAAGAUUUAAUGGGGAGGGAAUUGACCUUGUCAGCGAGAGGUUGACGGCCGUGCAGAUGAUGGCGAUUCUGGUUGAUGCAACUGGGCGAGAUUUGAAGGCUGAGUUUUACACUGAUGAGCAAGUGGCUCAGGCUAUCGAUUCCAAUCCUUUCAUCGGAUCGCAGGUGUUCUUGAGAGAUGGUGAGAAAUGCGUUGACGCUGAGAGGGUCAAGACCUGGGGAAUUGAGUUGGGUCGCUUCAAGGAGUUUUUGGUCCGCGAGAAAGAUGCUGUGGCUGAGACCUUCGCCCUGUAG